CUUCCUCAGUGGGAGCAAAAGUUUCCAGAGUGGAGGAGGAUGAAGUGCGAGGUGGGAUGGUGGCAGCUGCUGGAGUGACUAACAUGAGCGAGGAUGGAAAUGGGAAGGACGUCUUGUUCUGAUCGUCUCCUGAUCAGACUGGACUUGGCAGACUAAACAUUUAAAAACACUUAAGAGUUCUUUUUUGGUUCUUUUAGAUGGAAGAAAAGGAUCGGAUCUUUGUUGAGUCGCUUUAAUUCAUUCUCACGUGACCUGAAGCUCAUUUGUGGUCUUCUCCUUCUCUGGAAGAUUUUUGGACAUGUUUAUUCAGUAGGUGUUUGCUCAUCAUCAUGCUGCUGGUUCUGAUUGUGGUUCUGAAUCUGGGCUGGAGGGUCCGUAGCGCCGAGCCGUCGUCCAUCACUGUCCAGUACCGCAUGUGGGAGGAGCAACCUGUGGGAACUCGGGUCGGCCGUCUGGUGGACGACCUUUGGCAGAUGGACCAGACGGGUCCUCUGGAGGACUUCCAGGUCGUGGAACACGGUAGAGCUCUUCCCUUUUCUGUCAGCGCUCGAGACGGCAUCGUCUCCACCCAGGGACGUUUGGACAGGGAGGAGCUGUGUCGUGGUUCAGACUUGUGCGAGGUGGCCUUCAGUGUUCUUUACAGGAAAAGCGGUGCAAUGAACUGCUUGCGGGUUCACGUAGAGGUGAUGGACCUGAAUGACCACAGUCCUAGCUUCGCCAGUCCAGCACAGGAAGUGGAGAUCUCAGAGACGGCCAGCCUACGGAUAAGAAUCCCGCUGGAGUGUGCAGUUGAUCCUGAUGCGGGAGCCAACGGUCUUCAGACCUACUCACUUUCCGUCAACCAGCACUUUGCUCUGGAUGUGACAACUGCUCUGGGUGGGACCAGACAAGCAGAGCUGGUGGUGAUCAAAGAACUGGACAGGGAAGUGCAGGCAUCUUUCGAUCUCACCCUGGUGGCGUGGGACAAAGGGAACCCUCCGAGGUCUGGGAGUACAUUAGUCCGUGUUAAUAUUCUGGACUCAAAUGAUAAUAGUCCUACGUUUGAGGACAGUACCCCCACCGUGGAGAUACCUGAGGACACAGCCCGAGGGACAACCAUCAUCCACCUGAAAGCCACUGACCCAGACCAGGGUGCCAACGGGGAGGUGGAGUACUCGCUAAGCAAGCACACACACCCAAAUGUUCAGCGGCUGUUCUACGUGGAUCCGCAGAGCGGUGCUGUGAGUGUAAGAGCUCCUCUCGAUUAUGAAGCCCAGCCCUCCCAUGAAGUCAUCAUACAAGCCCGUGAUCGUGGACCCAACUCUAUUCCGUCUCACUGCAAGCUGCACGUCAAGCUAACGGACAUUAACGAUAACGCCCCGAGGAUACACGUGACCUGGACUCAUCCCAACUCAGAUGCUGCAACGGUGCUGGAAGGCGCGCCGGUAAACACCUUCCUUGCCCUGGUGAUGGUUUCUGAUGCCGAUUCGGGAGAAAAUGGGAAAGUGACAGCAGCGAUGCAGCCAGGCUCCGGCCCGUUUCGCCUUGAAAAGGUGCAUGGUGAAAAUUACAUGAUUGUAAGUGCUGGCUUCCUGGAUCGAGAGAAGGUGAUGGAUUAUAACGUCACACUCCUGGCCCGGGAUUUUGGAGAUCCACCACUGUCCUGUGUCAAACACCUGCCUGUUCAUGUCCUGGAUGAGAACGACAAUGCGCCAGUCUUCUCAUCCUCCGUCUUUAAAGCUUCCUUCAAGGAGAACAACAUGGUGGGUUAUCGUGCACUCAAAGUGGAAGCGCAGGACGCUGACCUGGAGCUGAGUGGCAGAGUGUUGUACUACAUUCACAACUCCACUCAGUCCUUCUCCAUCCACCCCACAAGCGGCGUAGUCAACGUCCUUCACUCUCUGGAUUACGAGGAGUCACACUCACACUCGUUCCUGGUGGAGGCCGUGGAUCAGGGCCAUCCGCCUCUUCGGACCGUGGCCACAGUGCAAAUUGACAUCCAGGAUGUGAACGACAACUAUCCGGUCAUCAAGGAGCCGAGACCCAAACAGGGUGUGGCUUCUUUAAGCGUUCCUGUCAACGCAGACCGGGGAGAGAUUGUCGCGGAGCUAGGAAGGGAUGCUGAGGAGGGAUCAGGUGCUUUUCCCAUGGAACACUCAGUCCGAGAUGGAUUUGACGGAUUUCUUGCGUCCACCAUAAAGGCUGAAGAUUCUGACUCGGGACUGAAUGGACAACUCCAGUACUUCAUCACUGAUGCAAACCCGCAUGGACUCUUCUGGUUGGACCAGGCCACGGGCCAACUGUUUGUUAACACCACCAACGCAACCGAGCUCAUCGGGAAAACCGUCAAAGUAGACAUAUCUGUGUCUGACAUGGGCACCCCCAGCUUGGCCACCAAGGCUACACUGGAGGUGACCUUCACUAACCUCAAAGACCAUUUGAAGAACUCAUCUCCGGGCGACCGUGGGCGGCUCAACUCCACCAUGAUGAUGGCCAUCUGCUUGGGGGCGACGUGCCUGUUGCUGCUGCUAGCUGUCACUGUGGUCACAACGGUGUGUCGGCCCGACAAACGGGAAAACCGGGCCUACAACUGCAGGCAGGCUGAGUCGAUGUAUAUGCGGCACCCUCGACGCCCGCAGAAGAACAUCAGGAAGUCGGACAUUCAACUUAUUCCUGUGAUCAGGGAACGAAAAGAGGAUCCUCCUCUGGAUGAGAGUGAGACGAUGCCACUGGCUGCGGCGACGACACAGGACCAACAACCUGAGAAACACUUUGAUUUUACGCCAUUAAUGAUGAAUUCAAGCUUCCAUUCCCAAAGUCACCCUGAGGGGGACGCCCCUCAUGGCAGAACACUGCGGAAACCUGGAAACAUCGAACUGGACGCCUCUUUACCUCUGACGCCAGCGUCAUCGUAUCGGACGCUUCGGAAGGCCAGAAACCCGUCAUCGUCCUCUUCAGUGUCCCAUUCGAGCACCUUGAAGCGGGAGAAGGCUGAGACGGCAAACUCGACACCUCAGGCAACUCUCCGGAGGCCGAAGACUUCAGAGGGUCGAGGACCAUACGACGCAGAACGUCGACGGAUGCUGCGGAACCUGGUGCGGCUGUCCAUGGCGGCGUUUGCUGACUCCAUCGAGCUCUCGUCAGCCUCCCCGGAAGUGCAGCAGAUCUCCCAGCUCCUCUCCCUCCUCCGCCAAGGUCAGCUGCAGCCUCGACCAAACUUCCGGGGGAACAAAUACUCUCACCGUGCUGCUGGCAGGUAUACGGGUCAGGACAGCUCGGAUUGGCAGAGCACCAAAGACAGCGGACACGGCGAGAGCGAAGCCGGGGACGUGGACUGGGACGCGGGGAGAGACUCACCCAUCGACCAUCAACUUGAGGAGGGGCUUGACAACCUGCUCAACAACGCUGAAGACGUCUUCUCGGAGGUCAGCGACCCGGCGUGGAUGGCCCGACUCUCCCUGACGCUGUCUGGAGAUUACCAUGACAACGUCUUUGUCCCCGACGCACCGCCGUCCUCUGACGGCGAGCUCCUCCCUCGAGACGGCUUGGACUCGUCCUCUUCCUUCUCCACCUUUGGUAAAAGUCCAGAGAAGGACGGCCCGCUGGGCGGGGCCUUACUGUCUGAGGUCAGCACGCUCUUCGAGAUGCUGAUGACGCAGAAGGCCGACACCCACCCCGGCCCCCGAGCAGAAGUCCUCUACCGGCUGUCCUCGGCGUGUCGACGCUCGCUGGACUCGGACGCCGCUGUGAGCGGCCCGAUCCGAGGCCUGGCCCCGCCCCCUGCACGCUUUUAACACUGGAAACAAAACAAAGAUUGAGUGAGGACAUUUAAGUGAUUAACAAUCGUACUCUUUCAUUUAAACGCCAACGCAGACUUUUCUUUGCCGAACACGACAAAAUGAAAGUACGUUUCCCAACACGACCAUCGUCAGCGUCGCCAAAGCGAAUAGUGGUUCACGUAGCCCGGAGCUGCGCAGUGAUGGCGGAAACCACGAGUGAUUUGCUGUAAAGUAUACGUUUUCAGGAGCAGUGGAAAGAAUGAAUGAAGCGGAAGCAGGAAGUCGUUAGAAGGAGAAUAUAAAGGCCGUGUGGCAGCUAAUGACCACAGGAUGACUUUGAUGUCUUAA